UGCAGCUGGGGGUGAAGCAAAAGGGCAGCAUGUGCCAUUCUCCCUGGCUCUGACCGGACUGACACUUUCUCUCUUCUCUGCAACUUACAGGCAAAGAUGGGCCGCAGGAAGUCAAAGCGGAAGCCCCCACCCAAGAAGAAGAUGACGGGCACCCUGGAGACGCAGUUCACCUGCCCCUUCUGUAACCACGAGAAAUCCUGUGACGUCAAAAUGGACCGGGCUCGGAACACUGGCGUAAUAUCAUGUACUGUGUGUCUGGAAGAAUUUCAGACUCCCAUAACAUAUCUUUCAGAACCGGUGGACGUGUACAGCGACUGGAUAGACGCUUGUGAGGCGGCCAAUCAAUAGCAGCAAAUGGGCAGGAAGCUCGUUUGUACUAAUUCUGGAUGUUACAGUAUUUGUACGUGGAAAAAAUGUGCUAGUUCCAUCACAUGAGACAAUCGGGGCUUUGGAGAAGGUGGCUGGCGUUUUAGUAGCUUUUCCAUCCAAGGAUCUUUUUAUAACUGUUGUUCCUUUUCGGCAAUUGCCCUGGGGCCCACGCACGUGUAACGCUGCUAAGGGACAAUUUGGAAAUGCUGCUCUAGUUUAAGGGGGUGGGGGGAGAAAUAUUUUGUUUUGCUCAGCCCGGCGGUUUGAAAGUUUACAAGGUAAGAAACGGCUUGUCACCAUGAUUAAAUUGCAACCGUUUAUUAAAAACCCGAAACCAGCCACUAAUCCUAGCCUGGCCAAGAAGUGCCCUUUUGCUGGCUGGAUCCCUGUUGGAAUAGGCUACGUCUUGGCUUCCAUCCGGCUUUUAAUAGCAGUUGAAAUGUUGAUUCAGAGGCAGUCUUGCCUGGUGACUAGAGCAGGACAGCUGGUUGUAUGGAGUCUUGGGUUCUUUUCCUGUGUCUUCCACCAGCUUCCAGUGUGAUCCUGGGCAAGGGGCUUCCCCUCUUAGGCACCUCAAUUUCUCGCUCUAAAUCAGAGUGACCAAACACUCUGACCUUUAUAAACUGCUUUGAGAGCUGUGGACACAAGCACCAUUAACAGUGAGAUUCUGUAGAACCUCCUCCUUCCAGUCCCAGGUCUGGAUGUUGGUGUUUGGCCACUUUCGCCAGAGGGGGGACUCAUGGAAAAGUCCCCAGCUGCCACAUUUCAUUGUGACUUACCUAAGUGGGGGUGCUGCUGUACGGGGGUGUACGUGUCCUAGCGCAGCGUAAACUGGUUUGAAUGAGCAGUUUGGCAGCAAACAGGACAGUUGCCCUGGCACAGAAGGCUGAUUUUCUCAGGUGGGUCCCGCUGCAGCUGUCUGCCCAGAUUUGCUCAUUUAUCCCUUAAUCAAAGUACAGCAAAACUUCAGUCCUGGAGGGCGGGAAGUGAAUUGGGCUGCGGUGUCAGAGAACUGGGGGAAGGGGGCGACAGGCGUCUGCAGUGUGGAAGGCGGAGGGGCUUUUGCUACGGCUGCACGUGUUGGAAUCAUGGUGACAGGCGUCUUUUCCCUUCUAAACAUCCCGACACUACACUGAGCAAAACCUCGGCUGCUGCGGCUCACAGAGCCACGUGGGGGCCGUUGCUCGGAUGGUUUAUUUUCGCAGUCACUUCAGCAGUGGCAGACCCCGGGCUGACGUGAAUUUGGGCCUGCAGGGAAUUGUUUGCGGGGGGCGGCAUCAAUGGGAGUGAGAGGGGAAGGGAGGAGGAGCUAAGUUAGCCACCUUGGGCUCCGUUGGCUUUUACCUGCUGCUUUUAGCUUGAGGAAAUGUAUCGGGGCUUCCUUGGAUCUUCCUGGAGCGCAAGGGCAGAGCCUGGAGCUCCUUCCUGGCCACUGAUUGAUUUACAAGCCCCCGCCUCAGGGCGCUGCAUGGGCCGGGGAUUAAGCUGGUUUCAAUUCCAGGCUGGGUUUGGUGCGAGUGCAGAGAAGGGGCUAGGAAGUGGCAGUCCUGGGUUUGUCUUGGGAGGGGGCUUUUUAGACAGAAAUUGUUUGCAGCUGUAGAAUGACCCUUUAAUAAAUGACGUUAUGGGGGGAA